GUUCGGCGUCCUUGGAUGACGAUUCCUGGGGUGUCAUGGCGGCCUGGCGUGCAGGUCGGUGAAGGUGAGAGGCGGGGCGCAGGGCAGCCGGGUCCCGCCGGCCGCAGAGCGCAAUGUCCCUGUUGUUUGCUCGCUCCAACUCCAUAGUUGCAGUGAAGAAGGAUAAAAGACACAUGGCGGAAGUAAAUGCUUCUCCACUCAAACACUUUGUUACUGCCAAGAAGAAGAUCAAUGGCAUUUUUGAACAGCUGGCUGCAUAUAUCCAGGAAAGUGCUACUUUCCUGGAAGAAACUCACAAGAAUGUGGAGCUUGAUCCUGUCACCACAGAAGAGCAGGUAGUGGAAGUCAAAGGUUACCUGUCAAAAGUCAGUGGCAUCAGUGAGGUGUUGGCCCGACGACACAUGAAAGUGGCUUUUUUUGGCAGGACAAGCAAUGGCAAAAGCACGGUGAUAAAUGCCAUGUUGUGGGACAAAGUCCUUCCCUCAGGGAUUGGACACACCACAAACUGUUUCCUCCGUGUGGAAGGGACAGAUGGCCAUGAUGCUUUCCUGCUUACUGAAGGCUCAGAGGAGAAGAGGAGUGUCAAAACAGUAAACCAGCUGGCUCAUGCGUUGCAUCAAAAUGAACUUCUGAAUGCUGGUAGCCUCGUCAGUGUAAUGUGGCCAAACUCCAAGUGUCCUCUCUUAAAAGAUGACCUGGUGCUGAUGGACAGCCCAGGCAUUGAUGUGACCACAGAGCUUGACAGCUGGAUAGACAAGUUCUGCCUGGAUGCUGAUGUGUUUGUGCUGGUAGCAAACUCGGAGUCCACGCUAAUGCAAACGGAGAAGCAGUUCUUCCACAAGGUGAAUGAGCGUUUGUCUCGGCCCAAUAUUUUCAUCCUGAAUAACCGCUGGGAUGCAUCGGCCUCUGAACCAGAGUACAUGGAAGAGGUGCGUCGGCAGCACAUGGAGCGCUGCAGCAGCUUCCUGGUGGAUGAGCUGGGCGUGGUGGAUCGAGCUCAGGCUGGGGACCGCAUCUUCUUUGUGUCUGCAAAGGAAGUGCUGAACGCUAGGAUCCAGAAAGCCCAGGGGAUGCCAGAAGGAGGUGGAGCACUGGCAGAGGGCUUCCAAGUUAGAAUGUUCGAGUUCCAGAACUUCGAGAGACGAUUUGAGGAAUGCAUCUCGCAGUCUGCAGUGAAAACCAAGUUUGAGCAGCAUACAGUGAGAGCCAAGCAGAUUGCAGAGGAUGUCCGUCUCAUCAUGGACUCGGUACAUGUUGCAGCCCAAGAGCAAAGGGUUUAUUGCCUGGAGAUGCGUGAGGAUCGGCAGGAGCGCUUGGGCUUCAUUGAAAAACAGCUGGAGUUGCUCACCCAGGACUAUAAGCUGAAAAUAAAACAGAUCACAGAAGAAGUGGAGAGACAGGUGUCCAAUGCAAUGGCUGAAGAGAUCCGGCGGCUCUCUGUGUUAGUAGAUGAAUACCAGAUGGACUUUCACCCAUCCUCAGUUGUCCUCAAAGUUUACAAAAAUGAACUGCAUCGACACAUUGAGGAAGGCCUGGGCCGUAACAUGUCAGAUCGUUGCUCUAAUGUCAUCACUGCCUCCCUGCAAACCAUGCAGCAAGAAAUGAUAGAUGGAUUAAAACCACUUCUCCCAGUCUCUCUACGAGGCCAGGUAGACAUGUUGGUCCCCCGCCAGUGCUUCACACUCAGCUAUGACCUGAACUGCGACAAACUUUGUGCCGACUUCCAGGAGGACAUUGAGUUCCACUUCUCUCUUGGCUGGACUAUGCUUGUGAAUAGGUUUUUGGGACCAAAAAAUAGUCGUCGGGCCUUGAUGGGCUAUAAUGACCAGGUUCAGCGUCCUAUACCUUUAACCCCAGCGAAUCCCAGUCUGCCUCCCCUACCUCAGGGCUCUAUGACCCAGGAAGAGCUCAUGGUGUCUAUGGUGACUGGAUUGGCAUCACUCACCUCCAGAACUUCCAUGGGGAUCCUCGUGAUUGGUGGAGUGGUCUGGAAAGCCGUGGGCUGGAGACUGAUUGCACUCUCUUUUGGCCUUUACGGGCUCCUUUAUGUGUACGAGCGCCUCACCUGGACCACGAAAGCGAAGGAGAGAGCCUUCAAGCGCCAGUUUGUUGAGUAUGCCAGCGAGAAACUGCAGCUCAUUGUCAGCUACACAGGUUCCAACUGCAGCCACCAAGUCCAACAGGAGCUUGCUGGGACAUUUGCUCAAUUGUGUCAGCAAGUCGAUCUCACGCGGGAAAAUCUUGAAGAGGAAAUUGCUGCCAUGAAUAAGAAAAUUGAGAUCUUGGACUCACUACAGAGCAAAGCAAAACUGCUCAGGAAUAAAGCAGGCUGGCUAGACAGCGAGCUCAACAUGUUCACGCAUCAGUACCUGCAGCAGAGCAGAUAGUGUGGGAAGUUGAGACAACACCCUCUCUCUUCAACACUCUCUUAACUCCUGCAGAGAACAUGGUGGGUGAUGGAGUCCCUCAGAGGCACAAGCAUGCGCCCAUGCUGUGUCCUUUCACCAAGCGAACGAUAGGAUUCUGCUUCCAUGUGUUGUUGUGUCCAGCCUCUAAACACUACUUAUUUAUAAGUCUUAUUUUUGCCUGCUGGGUAAUGAGAUGAUUCCAGGAGGAAUUUCUGCUUCAUACAUUGACAGGGGGCUUUUUUAAUGAAGAGUAAAGUACAGGAGUUGCCAUUUUUUUUUAAAUUGCCAAAGCUGGUGAAGUUCAAAUUAAUUCUAAUGCAUUUUACAUCUUGAUGAGUUUUUUCUGAUUAGCAGAUACCAUUGGAACUUGAUAAUCUAGGUUCAAAGCCCCAAGUUCAUGUAUGAAUGAUAAACAGCUGUUCAUCUAAACCCAGAUCUCUCACCCCAGGCACAUAUAGAUGCCUGUGCUAUGGUCUUGCCUCACACCUAUCCAUGCUUUUCAAUUGCUCUUUAGUGGCAAUCCAGUUUACAAGAGAAUGAAUCAUGGUUCCUUUUCCUUCCAUGGAAAAGCACGUGUGUUAGCGAUGGAGAGAAUGUUCAGGCCUGUGGACAGAAGACAGAUCUCUUCUGGCAGGCUGGAAUUUGGAUCUUGCUCAAGCAGAUUUCUUCUUGUUGGGCUUUGGCUUCUUUCCCUUAAGUCCUUUAGCAUAGAAAACUUUUUGACUUGCCUCAUGUCACUACAUAGGCAGAUAGUCUGCAAAGACAUAGCUGGUGGUUAGGGAGUUAGUGGAACUAAUGUUGCAUUUGGUAAUUUGUGUCUUGCUGAGGUAUAAUAAGAAUGUAGAGAGCAGCCAGUUGGCAGUAUUUAAGUAGCUGUGUUGUGAAGUAUGGAUGUGGUUCUUUUUAAAGAACACAGCUGUCUUUCUGGAAGCAGGCCUUUCAAAUGCCAUCACCACUACUUGGCCCUUAAGGCAGAGUGAUGAUUCCAAGCUGUAAAAGAUUUUGUUUUGUAGAGAGCUUCCAUGGGAUGCUUCUUGUCUGUGCAUUAAUAUGGUUCAGUGUUUUUAUUUUUAAGGAAGGCAACAGAAUGAUGUGCUGAUGCAGGGCAGUUCGUGUGGAGUCUUGAGAAGCCUGUACUUCUGGGACCCUUCAUGCCCAGGCCGCUGGGGUCAGUGUGACCUUUUCUUUAUUUGUAAACAGAUCAGAUUGGCUUUUGGGUUUGGCUGUAAAGCAGUCGUUAAUUUUCAGUGUAAUAUGUUGCAAUUAGCAGGGCCUGACCUCGUUCUAGCUGAAAUGGACAGAAGUGUUUCUGCUGACUUCAGUAAGUGCCAGGAAUAGGCUCCACCUUUGUGUUUCAAAGCUUUCUGCCUGUCAGGUGAGAUCCAGGCUGGCUGGUAGGAUUUGGGUUUCCCCUGAUGUUUCUAAAUUGAGUCCCUAUAUUGGUCUUGACUGUUCUGGGUUGACCGUCCCGGUUUAGCAUCAAACCCAGCAAAGAAACAGGGGGUAGGUAUAAGCAGGUUCCAGCUGAAUUUAGAAAGACUGAAAGGAAUUUGUCAUAUUGGUAACUUGACUUUGCUAUGAAAGUUGUAUCCAACUGGCUUUAGGAUUUAUCGCUGAUUCGGACACAGGUGCCAGUAGCCCGUGCAGCUGCGACGUAGCUCCAAAAAGAAGGACAAGAUGCUUCCUGAUACCUGGAGGAAGAUUUAAUGGGAAAGCAGCUUUCAGCCCUUAUUUUAGGCUCUGCACUGGGAUUUUCCAAUGAAUUUGCAGUGUGGGCAAAUAGACUUUUGUUAAACCUGGGAUAUUACAAGACAGGGCAGCUUGGGUGGGAGGGGAGGAGAGGUUUCCACCGGGGCUGAGAUGGCUUUAGGGUAAGAGAACCUCUUCCUUCUAGCCACCUGGUGCGAACACGGCCCUGACUGGAAGAUCAUUACCAUCAGAUAACUAGUCUCUGUGCAUUGACCCCGUCUCUUUCCUAACCAGAACAGAUAGUGGUAAUCUGCACCUGCAGUUGUACCCCACAGAGCUGAGAGGCCAAACUCUUCCUCUGCGAGUGCACUCUCAGGCCCUUAUCGACACACGUUGGAGUGGCUGGAAAAACCCAUUGCUCUGCCGCACCCGCUCUGCAAACAAACCCCAGCUUCCCCCUUUUGUGGCCUCCUCCCUGCCGGGGCGCUGGGUGAGUCAGGGCGGCAGCAGGGAAGUUGUGCUUCGAGCAUGGCGUGUGCCGCAACUACCGCUGGUGAACCCGAGCAGCAGUGUGAGGGGCAGGCGGAGCUCCCCCGAGGACGUGCAGGACGGCUGGGUGUUUCGCAGCAGCAGCAGAGACGCCCGAAGAAGAAACCGGCUUGAACCCGCGUGUCACCCCCGCCCUCGUCCCCGCCGCAGUGCCAGGCCCGGCUUCCCCGCUUCGUUCCUCCGCGAAACGCACCCGGCCCGGGGGGCACGAGACUGUGGGGGGCGGCGGGGCUCGAAUAAAGGAUGAACGAGC